CAUUUUUAUCGUGUAUAUAUUGAAUUACCACCGGUAGAAGAAUAUGAAAUCAUCAUCGGGUACUGCAGCAGCCAGUUUUUUCAAUUUGUAUGUAACCGGUCAAAUUGAAUCAGCAACCUUUCCUUUGGGUCCUGAAACGUCUGAAAUAUUUUGCCGUUACGAAGCGAUAGCUGGUAAGGACUGGGAAUUGAUGAGUGGUAUUAGAAAUGGUAUAACACAAUCGGCUUCCAAUCGGAAAAGUAGUUUCAAUGAACCAAUAGCAAUUAAUAUGCCUAUAGAGUUAACCUAUCAAAGUACAAAUCCCUUUGGUUGGCCACAAAUUUUAAUAUCCAUUUAUGGUACAACAUUUUGGGGCAUUGAUGUAUCUUUGGGCUAUUCUCGCGUCCAUGUGCCCGUUUUUGGUAAUGGUAAUUGUAAGAGUAUCAGUCAAAUGUUAAAAGCUCCAAUUCUAAGGCCCCGUUGCACUAACAUGAUGUCGGAUUUUAUCAGAUGGCUAACAGGGCGAAAUCCUGAAUUAAAAGAUCCUAAAAUUCUAUUGGACAACAUGAAAACAAGAGGUUUAUCAACGGAAUCGUAUGGCGAAGUGCAAUUACAAUUGAAUGUCAUGUCAAGAGGCAUUGCGCGUUUGGGUUUAGAAUUUUAAACCUUAGAUGGAUUUAGAU